AAUAAGGAUGAGUGAAGAAGGUGUGGUUAUAAUUAUUGAAGAUGGUACAAAUCGUGUGUAAUUUAAUUAUUUAUCCUAAAGACCCUUCUUUAUUAGGAAGAUUUAAUGUGAAAGUAGUUUCUUUAAAAUAAAAAUGGAACAUAGAAAGGUGAAUUAACAUUGGUCGGAGGCAGUAAUGACCAGUUGGGCCGAGAGAAUGCAUCGCAGGGCCGCCACUUUUGGCAAUGUUGUCACCUCGUGUGGACAUCCAUCAGUACCUUACCCUCGUAGACUCGAAAAAGUGAAAUUUGGUGUUCCACUAGAUGAAGUUUGUAAAAAUGACAUACCUGGACCAUUAUUAGUAUUAAUUCUAAAACUGAACAAAGAAGCUCCAUUAAAAAAAGAUGUGUUCCGAGCUCCAGGACAUCAAGGCAACAUGAAGAAGCUUAUUCACUUCCUCCAGACGGGGAGAUUGGUAAACAUUGACAACUUCUCAGUUUACACAAUCGCCUCUGUGCUUAAGAAAUUCCUCCGCAAACUUCCCAACGGAAUCUUUGGUCGCACAAACGAACAACAGCUGUUUACAAUAGUGCAGAUGAACAGUGUAACUGAACAGCGGGACGAGAUUUAUAGGUUGAUCUCUUCGCUGCCGCUGCAUACCCAACGUCUCCUCGUACUGUUGUUUGGAACAUUCAGAGUGAUCGCCACCAACGCUGAGCGUGCUCACACUGGGAUGACAUCAGAGGCUCUCGGAGUGUCAGUGGCUCCAAGCUUCUUCCAAAGCUGCGUCAGUGACGGCAAAACCGCCAAGAUGGAGGACGUUCUGCGAUAUAAAGUUGCGACAAGAAUAAUGAAAUUCCUCAUUGACAAUUUUGGCGAGUGCAAUCUCUUUGGUCGACCCAACUAUGAGUUCUACGCAAGAAUUACGGGUAGGAUACUAAAAGUCGAGGAUGAGUGGAUCUUCAGCUUCAGAUUUCCUCCCGACAAUGUGGGCCGUCAAGUUGCACUCGAGAAUGAGAAAACCUGGUUGCAGUUUGAGUGUGAAAGAUGGGGGUUGAAAUUCAACUUGGAAACAAUGUCCCACCAGGAGGAGAGUCAGUCUACACCAGCUCUCAUACAUGUACCUGAGGCUCUAGACGAGGCUAUGGGAACCUCUCUAGGUAUGAUACCUGAAAACAACCUGCUGGAGAGCUGUACACGACUGUCUAUCAGCCUAGAGGAGAACGGUUUGUUUAAGGGUUCGAGUAGGUCGAGUUCCAGCAGUGCAAGUCACCAUCAUAUGACGUUGGAUGAACUCCGAGCUGUGAACCGAUACGCGGAAUCCACCAAGAGCCUUUCCUACCUGCCUCAGGUCCACGAGAGACAAGCAGCGCGAAUGAGAACCAGAUCCGAGUGGUUCCUCAAUCCUCCGAGUCGUCUAGCCCACUCCAUGGACUCCGACCCCUCCAUCCAUGUUCUCCGAGGAUCUAACAGCCUGAGUUCCGCCACCAACAUUGGAGCUGGGGCUGGAUUGAGUGCGAGCGCAGAAUCAGUCUCCAAGCGACCGAGCGUCCGACGAAACUCUUCCCGCUCUAGACACAACCGUGGCUCUCGGCGCAACAAGGAGAAUGGCGCAAACAAACCUUUGUCCAGAACCUCACACGAGCACGAUGCUCCAACCUCACAAACCAUUCAUGUUACUCUAACCUACAAACCUCGGAUUUAGUGGAGCUGAAUUUGUCUCAUACCUGUCUUCUCCUCAUUCAUCAGAUAUUUUUAGCCUCAUUUUAAAUUCACAAGAGACAUGAGAACAACUUUUAAUCCUUUAGACUGUUGACUGUGUUAAGAUAUUUGUUUCAUCAUUGAUUUGUUACACAAAAUUUGUUAUCGGUUUUGUCGUUUAGCAAGGUCAAUUGCGCCUCUCAUAAACUGUUGUGAUUUUGUAAGAUUUUAUAAAUAUUCUAUUAUUGUUGACUGAAUUUUGUAAAUUUAAAAUAGCAGAAGGUGUUGAUCGUGUGUUGCUAAGUUUUAUAUGUAUUGUGAAAGCUGAUUUUGUAGUCUCAAGAUUUGAUUGUUUUGUAACAUACAUAUUAUCAAUAUUUUUCACUGAAACUGUAGUAUUCCUUUUUUUUCAACUGCAAAAUUACACAAGCAAGUUUUUAGUUAAAUAAUAAAAAUAAUGGUUUAACCACACAAUGUGAUUUUAAUAGAAAAAAAUAAACGUUUUACUGCAAGUAAAAGAUUUUCUCCUGUUGAUAAACAGAUUGAGCAUUUUUCUUUAAUUAGUGUACCAACCCAGCUACAGCAAUAGGUAGCUAAAAAUUUCACCAAACUGUGUUUUAAAUUACCUAAUCAUUAUCUCAUUAACACAUUCGCUGCGGGUGGCUCGGACUCGGGACACGCGUAGCGUCCUGAGCAUGCGCAUGUCCCGGGUCCGAGCCAUCCAACCUUGUUAAACAAAAGCAGCCGGUAUGAGUCUAGUGUUUGACGGAGAACGUUACUACUUGCUGAGCGUGGUCUGUAAAUACAAUAGAAAUCUGUUUUUGCCGCCGCUCCUUAGUUCGGGCGCGCUCCAAUUUUUUGCGGAUUUUUAAGUUCGGGCUUGCCUUAAUGUUAGUUUGAGCUUGUGUUUGGACUUUUUUUAUGUAUUUAAAUUUUUGUUUCUUAGACUAAACUUUGUAAAUUGUUUCUUAGGUUGGUAGUAAAUUUUCCCGUAAAAUCCCCGUCUGGCAAUCUCAAAAAUCUACUUUUUGUCCCGUCUUUUUGUCCAUUUGGCAAUACAAUUCCAAUGGGACCGGCUACGUUCCAAGCAGUGCUGCUAUCUGUGGGUGUUUAGCGAACUAUGUCGACUCUCGUUGUAAAGCAGGACAUCACCACACGUUAUUUGCAAUUCGUUAGACCAAAAUUGGAAAGCCAAUUACAAGCGGCAAUCGGGCUUGUUCGGCGCUGAGGGCUGCUCCACACUGAGAUACGCCCGCCAUUUGACGUGCCGCAGCGAAUGUGUUAAGUUCUUCCAUUGCUAUACUUUGUGUAUGGAUUAUAAAAGCUACUAGUCCUCUUUUGUUUUAAUUAAAUUACAUCGAAUCAAAUUCACUUACACUUUUUGAUCCCUUGAACCCUCUAAGACUGUUUUAUACAUUUAUUAUUACACAGUUUCAUUAGGAAGAAAUGUUUUAUUAAAUAUGUAAGUGAACAUCAUUUUCAGUGAAAUUGCCAGAUUAGUCUCUUUUUUAGAAGCCAAUUCAUAUCUUUCCAUUCCAAAUUUUGAAGUUUGUGGUUGUCAGGUGGCUUGUUCUUCCUUCGACCCAUUUUGUGCACAACUUUCUGUACUUAGAUAGUUUUUUGGACAAUUUUCUAAUCUUUCGGGUAAAAGUUCCUGUUUCUGAGCUUAUUGAUAUUUUACAUACUCUUUCAAGAUUUAAUUAGUUCGCUCAUCUUUGAACUUGAAGUUUUUUUAUGUCAAAAUUUACAUCCAAGAAUUUAGUGGUACUUUUAUAAAUUUAUUGUUAAUAUUUGAUGGUUUAAAGCUUAAGAUUUCAUGUUGUAAAAUGACAAUCUUUGAGAUUGAUUUAAUAUUCAGAUUACAUUUUGUUUGAACGAACAUUAGUAACAACAGGUACCUGAGGUUUACUUUUAGUAGGAUUCAAACUUUAUGACUGCUCUUUCCCUUAUGUUUGAAUGAACAAAAUUAUGUUCGAUAGAGCAUAAAACUGUAUGUUAGAGGUCUGCACAUUUAUUUGCGCAACCAGUUUUGUUCUGGUUGACUAUGCACAAUAUAAAACACAUGUUUUACAAUACAAUUUUAUAGUUUUAUAUGAAGUUUAUUUUGUUAGUGACUUUUUUUUGUAAUUUAUUGCUUAUGCUUAUUGAUUUAUGUUAUUUAAUCAAUUCUUCUGCACUGCUAAGGCCAUACAUGUAUAAGAUAAUACCUAUAAUACAAAAAUUUGUUCUUUAUUCUGUGCUCCUUUUAACCUUGUUAAAACCUAUAUUAACCAUGUUUUGACCUUAAUUUAUUUCAUAAAAUUACACUUUUAAUGUUGCAAUAGCUAUGUUAAUUCACUAAUUUUUACUCGUGACAAAAGUGUAGGCAUACAAGCCCAUAUAAGCGUCAAAUUCAUACCCAAAUCUAGCAGCCCAAAGUUACAUUAUGACAGAAGUUUUUUAAAGCUGAUCAUAAACAUGUCUGAGCUUAAUUUACUGAACAGACUGUGUUUAUUCUCCAAUGUGACCUACACACAACACAUUUGCCAUAUUUAACGUGUGCUUGUCCACAAUUUUGUUUGUCCUAGGACGCUAGACUCAAGCCCGGUAUUGUUUUUCACAUUACUUAAGGCUUGGUCUAGGAGUAAACACAGAUUCUUGUAAUAUGUGUAUGGCCUUUGAAUAGUAUAGUGAAAACACCAUCUAUACCUAGCUUAACUAUUCUAAUAUGUAUUCUGGCACAUUUAAUCUUUGAUUUAUCCACUUAAUAGUAAUAAGUAAAUAAUUUUAAACUGUAUGCUUUGCAGUUUCUAACUGUUCAUUUAUCCUCAGUUUACAGUUUCUUUUAUAACCGAUUUGGCUUUCACUAAUAUAGUUACUUGGGGUUUUAAAGUAUAAGUUAAAAAAUGUUGUAUAAGUCAAAGCUUUGUUUUGUAUAUACCAUGACAUUUCUUUACCUAAUUGUAAAUUUAGUGAAGUUUUUUGAAAACUUAAAAUAUAUAAAUUCUUUUGAACUUGAUUUUUUAAAGAAGUUAAAUAAUUCAAAAUUUCCUUAAUAAUUCUAAACAAUUUAAUCAUUACAAAUAUUUUAAUAUCAUUUUUUAUGCGCACAAUUGCUUAUCUGAUUAUAAUUUUCAUUAAAUAAUAUAUUUGAAUUUGUUUUACAAAGUAUUUAGGCCUAAACUAAAUUUAUUUUUUAUCACCCCAAUUCAUUUUCUGAUCCAAUGUAUGGUAUAUUCCUAUCUUUCUAAUUAAUUUUAUUACUUUCCUUAAAUAUUAUUAAGAUUUAUCACAGAAAAUAAGGUACAGAGGAAACAUGGUUAUGGGACUAUCGUGUGCUUUUAGCUCUAGUAUGUUGAGACGGAAAUAUACUUGUGACAAGCAACGAGCACUGUGCGGAAAUACCUAUCGCACAGGGCAGAGGGUCUUUCUCCACCAUUAGUGUUGUAGUACAUGAUGGCGAGGGGGUGGUGUAGGACUUAGGGCGCCCUAGACACCACUUAAGUGUACCAUUGAAUGUUUCAUCUGUACCUUACUUAUCCGUGGGGUUAUUUAUAUAGUUAUUACAUAAACAAAAACUUAAAACUUUUACACUGUUUUACAAUUUCAAUUAUUGUAUUAUAACAGUACGUUUGUAAUUUAUAGACUGAAAAAUAAUUACCGAUAAAAUGUUUUGCACCAGCCUCUAAACUUUUUUCAAUGUUCAGAGCGUAAAAAGUUGAGUGGAAAAUAAUUAUCUUAAGUUCCUUGCAGUUUGAUCUUCUUAUGAUUUAUUAAUUCAAUGUCUAAAAUAUUAUUAAGUAGCCUACUUGUAUGAACAACGGCGUUGAUAUUGCAAACAUAUCUAAUUACCUAAGUGUUUAUUUUAGCUUGAUCCAAGUAAUAUUCAAAAUGAAAAGUUCUUUUUCAUCGAAAUAUAAAGCACUACACAAUUAUUAUGACUGCUUUGGAAAUUUAUCGUUUGAAUUUGUGCCAAAGAUUGUGUCCUAUGUCAAUUUAUCUUUGCCAACUAGAUCUGAAAGUCAGAAUGCUACUUUUUUACUUACUUAUACUGUACUUAUAAGCCUUAGUCUUAAAAAGCAUAUUAUUUUUCUUAUGUGAUAUGUUUAAAAUGUAUUCUUCUUAGCCAGUUUUAUCUGAACCAAAAUGGCUGUAGUGUUUUACUCAAUGGUUUAGUCAAAUCUCAAAUUGAAAAUCGGCAAAAAGAGUUUGGAAUGUUUACUCAUAUUUCAGUUAUCUUACAAAACAUGUCUCCAAAUUAUUUUGGCAUUUUCGUCACAUCGACUUUAAAGAACACCAACCUUUCUUAUUGUAGUACAUGUAUAUACGCAAAGUUUAUAUUUUUAUACACCACUCUAAGCAAUCAAAAUCAAUGCUGCUAGAAAUUUAAGUAAGCUUAAUAUAAAUUUUCUGAAAAUGUGGAUUAAACUUGAAAAAUGUGUAUAUUGUAGCCUUUCAUAAACAUGAUCCAAAAUGGUGUUUCAGUAUCAUGAAAAUUGUUCAUUACACAACCUUAAAGCUCUUAAAGUUUAAUUUACCUUACGUUUGAACAUAUAUUUUAAAUUUAAAUAAAUGAUAUUUUUCUUAACUUUUAAUCAAAGUGAAAUACAGGAUCAGAUCAAACUAGAAUGAUAAAUGUACAUAACAAGAAGUUGCCCACAAAGACAGUAAUUGAUUUUGUUUGGUUGGAGUUUCAAUUUAGUACAAACUGUAUUUAUAUGUCAACUAUGUAUAUGUCACUAUUUCUUCUGAUAUGCUUAGUUGUAUUUUACAAUAUGUUAUUCACUGGUCCCCUCGGCACUUGAAGUUUUUAAAAGUAGGUGGAGUCUAAGUAAUCAUUUUAAAAUCUAAAUACACAAUAAAGUUGUGUAAAAAAGUUAAAAGAUAAAUUAAGGGCAUUUUGAAAUUUGUAGAGCAAUGCAAAUAAGGCAGCGUGGGGCAGGAAAUCUCUACCUACAAUACAGGCACCACUGGGGGAAAUAAAUCAUCCUCCCAUUCCAACAACCUUGCUUCAUUUUUACGACCCCGUGAGCUCAGCUUCGUACGGGGUACGUUAUGUCCAAUCGUCGCUCCGAUUACACAUGUCCGAUUGUGCCAGUUUAUACUUUAAUCCAGACUGGGUAGCUGAGUGAUUAAAGUACUCGCCUAACAAUUAAAAGGUCGCCGGUUCGAUCGUGAGAAAAGUCAGUAGCUUUUGAUAGUUUGAAACCGGACCCAGCUUUUCCUGAUAAUUGGGCAAAUGAUCCUGACUGAUGAACCAGCUGAUCUUAGUCAGUAACAAAGCUACACAGAUUAUCUCCUCUACACUCAUCCUUCACUCACACUUUUUAGAGAAAAACUAACUCCAAUUGAUUAAAUUACUGUAGAACAAUAUAAUAUCAAUGUUUAAAUAACUAUUUAAGCAUGAUUUACACGUUAAAAAUUAUUUAAACACGAUUUAUACGUCUAAUAUAAAUUUGAUAGCUUGUUAAAAUUUUGAUUGCCAUGUAAUUUGAACACAGGUGGUCGACUUACAAGAUAUUCCAUAUAAUCUUAGAACGUCGUGAUGCUUUUAACAUUCUUAACCUGGAAAUGUUUGAAAAAUUCACAAAUAUUGAAUCAUGUCAAGAUCUAAAAACUACUUGAAAGUACAGCUUGUAAUCAUUCAGGUGCCGAGAAAGACUCAACCAAAGAUCUGUGCGGUUUGCACCACUGCCAGUAGUUAAGUUGUAAGUUUUGCGGCACACUUUACCAUUCCGAUAAUGAGCUGCAUUUCUUUCUUACUACUUUCAGUAUUCUAUACAUUUAUGAUAUUUUACAUUUUUAUUCUCACCUCAAAAUACUUAAGUUGUAUGUGUAAGGUUUGCUAGACUUUUUACUCUGUUCAUUUAUGCUCAAUGUAGCGUAUUGCUGUAAAUUGUUUUUACUGAUUGUUAUGAGUCUUGGAACUGUUUUAGCCUUUUGAUUUAAAUAAAAAUGUGUGAGAAUUUCUAAAUAUGUUUAACAUGUCUCUCAUAUUUUUAUCAGGUUUUUUGUGUGCGCUAUGCACCGAAAGUAAAAAUUAAGGGUUUGAUAUUUAACUCUAAUUUCAAUUUGUUUAUAACAGUUCCAAGAUUAGAUUAUAGGUUUGUUGAAGAACAGAGUUUUCUUGUGGUUGUUUACAUCAGGAAAUCAUAACAAACAACGUGUUAAAUUGCUUGAUUUAGAUAGUUUACCCGUAGAUUAUUCCACUUUAAUGCUGAAAUAUCCUAGUACCAUUUCAUAUUACUUACUCUUACUAACUCCCAUGGCCAUGGAUACCCUAGGUGGUAUUUGGCCUCGCCAACAAGUUGCCUCCAUCCCGCCCUGUUCUCUGGAUCUUCUUGCCUUGCUCUCAAUUUUUUUAAUCUUUCUCCACCUGGUACUUCCACUUCAUAUUUAUGCAUCAAAAAUUGAAAAUAUUUGGCUCAUUACACUUCACUUAAGAUACUUCAAAAUAAUUUAAACUUCCCUGGUUACCACAUAAGCAUCUAGACUGC